UUGCAGUCGGACACUUUUAUGGCUGUACCCAGCGGAAGUGUGUGCGUCUCAGGAGAGGCUGUGAUUAGGCAUCAUCGAUUGAAUCUCCCCUGUGGAGUGAGCCAGCAUGGCCUCUGCCCCGGCACAGCAGCCCACGCUCACUGUAGAGCAGGCGAGAGUUGUUCUUAGUGAGGUGAUCCAGGCUUUCUCUGUGCCUGAGAACGUAGCCCGCAUGGAGGAAGCCAGAGAAAGCGCCUGCAACGACAUGGGCAAGAUGCUGCAGCUUGUGCUUCCUGUGGCCACUCAGAUCCAACAGGAGGUCAUCAAAGCAUACGGCUUCAACAAUGAAGGAGAAGGUGUUCUCAAAUUCGCCCGGCUGGUGAAGAUGUAUGAAACUCAGGACCCAGAGAUUGCAGCCAUGUCAGUGAAACUCAAGAGUCUCCUACUGCCGCCGCUCUCCACUCCUCCUAUCGGCAGUGGCAUCCCGAGCUCAUAGGACAGCGCAAACUCCCAGUUCAUCAAGUUCAAAUCCGUUUCAUUCCGUCUAAACACAUUCAGGUUUUCCCAUUGCAGUCAACACAAAAGUACAAAUUGCUCAGACCACAGAAACAUAUUUGAAUCAAAAGUAAAUUGGUGAACUUAUACAUUCCCAUCUUCUUUCAGUGGAAUUAGUAUUCAAAUCAUUGUCUUUCUCACAUAUUAAUUUUUUUGUAUUGAUGCUCAUUUUGCCAAUGUUGAAUGUGCAUAUUAAGUGUAACACUAAUUUGUUGAUGCCUUUUGAAGGUCUUGUUUGUUUUUAAAGCGUUUUAUGCAGUUCAUAUUGAUUAUUGUCUCAUUUGCCCAUAUAAACAUAAAUGAUAACCUGUUACAAUGUUCUUGAGAGCAUUACUGUUUGCAAAACUGAUUAGUGUCACAUAAACAGUGUUUAUCCAAUAAAGUC